AGUUCUAAGUUUUAUCCAAUGAAGCACCUAAGGCGGGGCGAGGAGGCGGGUCAGUGACGUAAUGCAGAUUGAUUGGCAUUCAGACCAUCGACGUCCUGGUGUAGCUAUGACUUUCGCCAAUCCUAAAGCAGGGUAACACGGUGCAGGCGCAGAGGCUUGGGUUUGGCUGGCCUCGAUUUAAAGAGACAGAAGCUGUCCGGGUCCUGGAGGACGGUCCCCAAUACCCUCCCCCCAAGUCCUUGGGACCAUUUGGGUCCUCAGAGCUGGGGAUAUGGUUUGCGGCGGCUUUGCCUGUUCCAAGAAUGCGCUUUGCGCUCUCAACGUGGUCUACAUGCUGGUGGGCUUGUUGCUCAUUGGAGUGGCUGCCUGGGGCAAGGGCCUGGGCCUGGUGUCCAGCAUCCACAUCAUUGGAGGAGUCAUUGCUGUGGGAGUUUUCCUUCUCCUUAUUGCAGUGGCUGGACUGGUGGGUGCCGUCAACCACCACCAAGUCCUGCUAUUCUUUUACAUGAUCAUCCUUGGUUUGGUCUUCAUCUUUCAGUUUGUAAUCUCUUGCUCAUGUCUGGCUAUUAACCGAAGCAAACAGACAGAUGUCAUCAACGCUUCUUGGUGGGUCAUGAGUAACAAAACUCGGGAUGAACUGGAAAGAAGUUUUGAUUGCUGUGGCUUAUUCAACUUCACAACCCUCUACCAACAAGAUUAUGCUUUCUGCACUGCAAUCUGUAAGAGCCAGAGCCCCACAUGCCAGAUGUGUGGAGAAAAGUUUCUCAAGCAUUCAGAUGAAGCGCUGAAAAUCCUGGGGGGUGUUGGACUCUUCUUUAGCUUUACAGAGAUCCUUGGUGUUUGGCUAGCAAUGAGAUUUCGGAACCAGAAAGAUCCUAGAGCCAACCCCAGUGCCUUUCUAUGAGACUGUGGAGUCUUCUGACUUCUCUCCUGCUCUAAGCUUUUUCUUCCUCCUUUAGGGAAAAACCUAGGGUCUACAGCCCUUUUUUUGUUUGAGAGAAAGGGAAGGCCCUUCGCUACGUCCCCUAAAACUGACUGAAUGGUGAGAUUUAAUGCCUUGACAAUUUUGGUGGGAGCAAGAUUAUAAGGAAUAGGGAAAACUUCCUCCCUCUCUCCCCA